UGAAUAAACACAGUACAACUUAACUAAGACAUCUUCCGCCGGCUUUGGUGCUUUGUUUUUCGUUGAAAAUAUAAAUCUUCGAGGGUUUUCUUUUUAUCAACACGAUAUUCAGUAAAAAUGAGUGGUGGUGUUUAUGGAGGAGAUGAAGUGGGAGCUCUUGUCUUUGAUGUGGGUUCAUAUUCCUUCAGAGCUGGUUAUGCAGGGGAAGACUGUCCUAAGGCAGAGUUGCCUACUCACGUUGGGGUAGUGGAAGAAGGAGAUACAGCAAUGGAAACCGAUGAUAAAAGUGCACAACCAGAGAGGAGCUACUUCCUGGAUACCAACUCCAUCAAAGUACCCCGCAAAGGAAUGGAAAUCAACACAUUUCUGAAAGACGGAAUGAUUGAUAACUGGGAGGUGUUUGAGAAAGUGUUGGACCACACCUACAGUCGCCACAUCAGAUCUGAGUCACACCUCCACCCAGUCAUGAUGUCAGAGCCUGCGUGGAACAGCAAAGCAAAGAGGGAGAAAAUUACUGAAUUGAUGUUUGAAAAGUACAAUGUUCCAGCAUUCUUUUUAUGUAAAAAUGCGGUGCUUUCUGCCUUUGCCAAUGGUCGAUCCACAGGUUUGGUUUUAGACUCUGGAGCCUCCCAUACCACAGCUGUACCUGUGUAUGAUGGCUAUGUCAUCCAACAAGCCAUAGUGAAGUCUCCUCUAGCGGGGGAUUUUAUCACAAUGGAAUGCAAAAAACUCAUGGAAGAACAAAAAAUUGAGGUUAUUCCACCAUACAUGAUUAAAAGCAAGGAGCCAGUGAAUUUCAUGGACCCUCCUAAAUGGACCAAGAAAGAGCUGCCAGAGGUCACUAAAUCAUUUCAUAACUACAUGGUCAAGGAUGUGUUACAAGACUUUGCUUCUUCAGUUCUUCAAGUUAUGGAUCAACCAUAUGAACAAUCUCAGGCAGAAGCGAUGCCCACUGUGCAUUAUGAGUUCCCCAAUGGGUAUAACAGGGACUUUGGUGCCGAGAGGUUUCGGACCUGUGAAGGGCUGUUUGACCCAUCUGUUAUUAAGGAUCUCCCGAGUGGAAACAGCAUGUUGAGUGUGGGGCACACUGUCACCACCAGUGUGGGAAUGUGCGAUAUAGACAUCAGACCUAGUUUAUACAACAGUGUGAUCGUAGUGGGAGGUAACUCUCUGAUGCAGGGAUUCACAGACAGGCUGAACAGAGAUCUGAGUGCUAAAACACCGCCAAGCAUGAGGUUAAAGAUUAUUUCUGCUACCGGAAGUGCAGAGCGCAGGUUCAGCAGUUGGAUUGGCGGAUCCAUCCUCGCCUCAUUGGGUUCUUUCCAGCAAAUGUGGAUCUCUAAGCAGGAGUACGAUGAAGGCGGAAAAGGUUGCGUGGAAAGGAAGUGUCCGUAGUUGAGGUCAUCAGUUGACUGUUGAACUUGGAGAAUUCAGUGUUCAGUUCAUGUGUACAUAAUCAUUAUCAUUAUCCCAUUACCAUCUUCAUCCUAAUUAUGUAGUUCAUCUAAAUGUGUAUUUGUCACCUACAUGUAUAAUAAACGAGGCCAAACAGCUAA